GUCAUAAGUUUUGUGAAAGACAGCCGAUUUUAUAGUGAUUUUUUUAAUAAAAUGUGAAUAAAUUAGAUGUCUAGUUUUCCAUAGUAAUUACAACCAUGGCAGCAAAGCAGAAAAAUAUUUUUACACGUAGUAAGCCGUUGAUGAAUAUCUAUAGUGGAGUAGAUCAUGAAGGAAAAGAGGUCGAAGUGCGAGAAGACGCAGAGCAGCUGGUGAAAUGGCACGAGAUAUCGGACGCGCUGGUCGCUGCCGGCUACUACCGCGCGCAGCUGCAGGGAUUGUCGGCUUUUGACAAAAUUGUUGGCGGGCUCACUUGGUGCAUCGAACUUUGCGACAUCGAUGUCGAUGUUAGCCUUUUGUUUGAAGAGAACCUCACUAUUGGCAAGAAAAUAGCAUUAACUGAGAAAAUUGUGAAAGUUCUACCAAGCAUGAAGUGCCCUUUCAUAAUAGAGCCUCAUCAAAUCCAAGGGUUGGAUUUCAUAAACAUAUAUCCAUUAGUGCAGUGGCUCAUAAAAUACUCAAGUGAAUUCCGAGUAGCCAAGGAAGAUGAGUUACGUAAAUUUGCUGUUCUGCAGUAUGAUAAAGACCAUAUUUUUGAGUCUGAUCGAGCUGAAUUUCUCCUGAAGGAAAAGCUUUUGAGGAACCUCAGUGUUGUUCAGAAUCUUUACAAGCCUUGUCGUGUUAGGAAGAGGAAGGGAGGUUUACCAACUAAUGAGCUGGAGCAAGUGAACGCAACACUCUCAGAAUAUGACCAGCGCAUGUUACUCCAUGUCUCCACCACUCAGGAUGACACCAAGAAAGAUGAAGGCCUAGAUUUCUUGUAUGAUUAUGAAAAAACUUUAGCAGACCCAUCUGAAAUUACUACAGAAACUGAUUUAAUCAAACAAGACAAGCAGGAUUCUGCAGACACAAAGAUCCACUAUGCUGUGUUACAAUCGGAACUCACAGGGGAAGUAUCCAAGGAAUUAGAACAAAGUGAGAAGCUCAAAUACUCGGAAGAUGUUGACCGGCUGACUAAAUCCAUAGAGGCGAUGGAGAAGGAAGUAGAAGAUAGGAAGAGAGACCAUGAAGCUAGGAUGGAGGAUGCAAAGAGACAAUAUACCGACAUAUCAGAAAAACUGAGAAAUAUAACUUUUAAAUUGAUGGCUAUUGAUGAUCACAGUGAAAAAAAUGUGAAGGAGUUCUAUAAAUCACUAAAAGAAUUGGCCAGAGAAAGGAAUGAACUGCUGCAAGUGAUUCAACAUAGAGAGAAGGAACACAAGAAACUUGAGGAGGAAUUGAGAUUGGCAAAAGACCCAAACGUAAAGAUUGAAGAUACUCCCCUAACACCUGCAGAGUUGAAGGAGUUCAGAGAUAGAGAACAGAAGAUGAAAGAUUUCAUUGCCAACAUGAGGUUGGAACUAGCGAAUGUUAAUCGCGAGGUUCAGAGGUACUCAGUGGCCAUUGAUGAAGUGCCCGGUACAGCCGAACUGUUGCAAUAUGAGAAGAGAUUUAUAGAGCUUUAUAACCAAGUGGCCUCAAAACACAAAGAAACAAAGCAGUAUUACAUAUUUUACAAUACGCUUUAUGAAGUAAAACUAUAUACCUCAAAGGAGUUAAGUUUGCUCAACUCUAUAUUGGAUAAUUACGAAGAAGCCAUGUCAUCAACUAGAAAGAGAGAGGAAUUUAUGAACCAGUUUGAAUCGAUAGUUGAAUGGGUGAAUCAAACUGUCAGAAAGGUUGAGCUGAAGUACAAAAGUGAGAAGGAACAAAAGACUGCGUUACACGCCGAGUAUUCUCGUCUCAUGGACAUCCAGCGACAGUAUGCCGCGGCCUUGAAGAAGAUCGCAGAGGGAAGACAGAAGUACAGAGACGAACAUAGUUGACUAGACAGACAAACUCAAACUCCAGUGCAAUAAACUCGAGCCAAUAUACUAGUAUUUAUCACAGACAUAAUUUUAUCUAGUCUUGAUAAUAGUAGACCAAUUUCUACAUUUAUAAUUAUUAUUAUUCAUUUAAAUUACAGAGAAACAACUCAUGUUAUCGAAUUUUAAUUAACGUUAUUGUUAAGACUGAUAUAGCUUUUAUAUUGUUUUGGUUACGCCUCGUUCUUUAAGGAUUAGUAAUUAAUAUAAUUUAUUCCGAUUUCAAAUAA